AUGACCAGUGAUCUUUCCACGGACCUCCUUGCACAACCCCCUGGUGACAAGUCAUCACCGACCCUCCGUAACCGUCUUCCACCCUUGGGUCCUGCCCCUGCAGGGACCACGGUGAUGCGGAUGACAGCCUUCGACGCAGAUGACCCGGCCACCGACAACGCCCUCCUGCGGUACAACAUCCGUCAGCAGACGCCUGACAAGCCGUCUCCCAACAUGUUCUACAUCGAUCCUGAGAAAGGAGACAUUGUCACCGUGGUGUCACCUGCGCUGCUGGACCGGGAGACUCUGGAAAACCCCAAGUACGAGUUGAUCAUCGAGGCGCAAGACAUGGCCGGGCUGGACGUCGGGUUAACAGGCACGGCCACAGCCACGAUCGUGAUCGAUGACAAAAACGACCACUCGCCAAAGUUCACCCAGAAAGAGUUUCAAGCCACAGUGGAGGAAGGAGCUGUGGGGGUCAUCGUCAAUCUGACGGUGGAAGACAAGGACGACCCCACCACCGGCGCGUGGAGGGCUGCCUACACCAUCAUCAACGGAAACCCAGGGCAGAGCUUCGAGAUCCACACCAACCCCCAGACCAACGAGGGCAUGCUCUCCGUCGUCAAACCCCUGGACUACGAGAUCUCCGCCUUCCACACCCUGCUCAUCAAAGUGGAGAACGAGGACCCGCUGGUGCCCGACGUCUCCUAUGGCCCCAGCUCCACGGCCACCGUCCACAUCACCGUCCGGGAUGUCAACGAGGGUCCAGUCUUCUCCCCGGAUCCCAUGAUGGUGACCAAGCGGGAGAACAUCUCUGUGGGCAGUGUGCUGCUCACGGCCAACGCCACCGACCCGGACUCCUUGCAGCAUCAGACCAUCAGGUACUCUGUUUACAAGGACCCCGCAGGCUGGCUGAACAUCAACCCCAUCAAUGGCACCGUGGACACCACAGCCGUGCUGGACCGCGAGUCCCCGUUCGUCCACAACAGCGUGUACACCGCCCUCUUCCUGGCCAUCGACAGUGGCAACCCCCCGGCCACCGGCACUGGGACCCUGCUGAUAACCCUGGAAGACGUGAACGACAACGCUCCCUUCAUCUACCCCACCGUGGCCGAGGUCUGUGACGAUGCCAAAAACCUCAGUGUGGUCAUUUUGGGAGCGACAGACAAAGACCUUCACCCAAACACAGAUCCUUUCAAGUUUGAGAUCCACAAGCCAACCGUCCCUGACCGAGUCUGGAAGAUCUCCAAGAUCAACAACACSCACGCCCUGGUCAGCCUGCUUCAGAAUCUCAACAAGGCCAACUACAACCUGCCCAUCAUGGUGACAGAUUCGGGGAAGCCGCCCAUGACGAACAUCACAGAUCUCAGGGUACAAGUGUGUUCCUGUAAGAAUUCCAAAGUGGACUGCAACGCAGCGGGGGCCCUGCGCUGGAGCCUCAGCCCCGUCCUGCUCCUCUGGCUCUUCAGUCUAGCUUGUCUGUGAGAACUCCUGACAUCUGAAGCUUGACUCCCAAGUUUCCAUAGCAACAGGAAAAAGAAAAAAAAAA